AAACGCAGCGUGACGGUGAGCGACAGCUCCUGGAGAACUGCUGCUAAUUAUAGCCCGGCCCCGAAAAAUACUGCGAGGUGGGGAGUGGGGAGGAGGAGGGGUUCACGUGUGGUUGGGAUCCCCCCAUCCCGCAUCGGUGAGCAGAGCCCUUCUGCUCAUAGGGGACCCCUUGAGCCUUAUUUUGCCCUCCCUAAAAACUCAGGAAUCCUCCCUCACCACAGUGCUGCGUGCAUUUAUUGGGUUGGUGCUAAUCAUUGGUUAUCACUAUUAAUUUCCUUAAUGGUUUGCCUCCCUCCCUGCGCAGUCCCAGAGCUUCCUAUCGCUCUGCGCACCGUGGUGAAGGCACAGCAGUUGCUGAUGGGAUGGCACAGAACAAGAGGAGGAGGAAAACAGUGCAAAAGCCCUUUUUCCUGGGGAAACAGCCUCACCCCUUGCUGUAUGGCUGCAUGUACUGCAGGUAGAGCGCUCUGGGGGCUGCAAGCAGCUACCAAGCACCAUCCCAAAGGCAGCGGGCUUUUCCCAUCUCCUGGGCACUGGCAGCACUGUGGGGUGAGGAGCCUCCUGCAGAGCUUCUGCCCAAUGGGAAUUCACCUGCUGCAGGGGACAGCAAACACCAGCAGGACACAAAGGCUGCACGGCUGGGAUCCCAGAGGUGCCGUCGGAUGGACUGAGCUCUGGUGGGGGAGUGGCCCUCAGAGCCGGGCUGUGUCUGCAUCCUCUUUUGGGAGCACAGCUGGGGCAAGCACGGGAUGUAUCCCCAUUUAGGACCAUGUAUGCGAUGCAUCCCCAUGUAGGACCAUAAGGGAUGCGUCCCCAGGUAGGACUGCACAUGUGAUGCGCCCCGAAGUAGGACCACGUGUGGGAUGUGGCACCGUGCAUGCGGUGUGUCCCCGGAUAGGAGCGCACACAGCCUGUGUCCCCAGGUAGGACCACGCACGUCAUGUGCCCCAGGGAAGCUUCGGGCUGGCUCAGGACCUGAAGGACACCGAGGGGCUGGCGCCGGCCCAGAGACCCACCUGCACGGGGUGAUCCCUGCGGGUGAGAGCGCAGGAGCCGACGGACGGACCGGGAGGCCGCGUCCGAGCACUGCGGGCUUCGGGGUGAGAUUCCUGCCCGCUGCGGGGGCUGCUCGGGGCCCCCACCCGCCCCCCACUGCCAGAACCGCACCCCGUGAGCCCCGCGGGGUCCUCAAGCCCCGGGCUCGCCCCACAGAGCCGGGCCGGGCCGCAGCUGAGGUUGCGGGUCGGGGGCGUUACGAAACAGGCGCGGUGUGCGAGGGGUGGGGGGAGAGAGACCUCCGAGACGCCCCCGCAUGCGGGAGAGCGGCGUCCGCGCUCGGGAGAUCCGCGUCCCUUUGUGAAUGACGGAGCCGGAACAACCGCGGUGCCUUUGGGAUUUCUGUCGCCGCGGGGGGGCCCGAGCCGCACAGCGCCGGCUCAGCCCCCCCCAAACCCCACCCCAAGCUCCGGUGGCACAAACGGCGGCGGCGGCCCCGACCUUGGUCCGGGGGAGGGGGUCGGGGGGAGGCGGCUGCGGAGCCCCCGCGCCUCGUGCUCUGCGGAGCGGCCCGGCCUCGUUGUUAUUCCGAGCACAGCGGCUCUGAUUCACAGCGCUGGAUCAUGAAUAUAAGUGAAGACUUUGACGUCAGAGUUGAGAUUUAUCAGCAGAUCCAAUGGGGCAGGAAUAUUAAGUGCCGGUGGAUGCCAGCGAGCCGCCACCGCCGCUAUUGGCGACGUUCGCCGAGGAAUGAGGCGUAGCACCGCGGGCUGCGGGCACCGGGAGGGGAAAACCUGAAAACGGGGGCGAGCGGCCGCUCCCCGGACACGGAGAGAGCGAUGCUGAACGGCCCCGCCGCCAUGGGAGAGCCCUGGCAGCCGCAGUCCCAGCAGCAGCGGCUCCCGGCUCUCGGCAACGCCUCGGCCCCCAGCGCCCGGCCCUCGGCGGCGGCGGAAGAGGGGGGGGGUCCCGCGGGCACGGCGGCCCCGGGCGGUGGGGGCCCGGCGGCGGCGGUCAGCCCUUGGGACAUCGCUCUGUGCGCCACGGGGACGGCGGUGGCCGGCGAGAACGCGCUGGUGCUGGCGGUGCUGUUCUACACGCCCAGCCUGCGGGCGCCCAUGUUCGUGCUGAUAGGCAGCCUGGCGCUGGCCGACCUGCUGGCUGGGAUCGGACUGAUCGUCAAUUUCGCCUUGCGUUACCUGCUGCGGCCGCCCAGCGAGGCGGCGGAGCUGGGGGCGGCGGGGCUGCUGCUGGCCGCCUUCUCGGCGUCGGUGUGCAGCCUGCUGGCCAUCACGGUGGACCGCUACCUGUCGCUGUACAACGCGCUGACGUAUCACAGCGAGCGCACGCUGGGCUUCACGUGCGGCGCGGUGCUGCUGAUGUGGCUGCUGUGCCUGGGCGUGGGGCUGCUGCCCCCGCUGGGCUGGCACUGCCUGCGGGACCAGAGCGCCUGCAGCGUAUUGCGACCCGUCACCAAGGACAACGCGGCCGUGCUGGCCGUCACCUUCCUGCUGCUCUUCGCCCUCAUGAUGCAGCUCUACCUGCAGAUCUGCAAGAUCGCCUUCCGGCACGCGCAGCAGAUCGCCGUGCAGCACCAGUUCAUCGCCACGGCUCAGGCCACCUCCACCCGCAAAGGGCUCUCCACGCUGUCCCUCAUCCUCGGCACCUUCGCUCUCUGCUGGAUCCCCUUCGCCAUCUACUCGCUGGUGGCCGAUUCCAGCUACCCCGCCGUGUACACGUACUCCCUGGCGCUGCCCGCCGCCUGCAACUCCCUCAUCAACCCCAUCAUCUACGCCUUCCGCAACCCCGACAUCCAGAAGUCGCUGUGGUUGGCGUGCUGCGGAUGCGGCCCCGCGCUCUCCUCCCGCCCGCGGACAUCCAGCGACGUGUGAGCGCCUCCUCGUCCUCCUCCUCGUCCUCUUCCCCGAGCUCCUCUCCCCUUCCGCCGUCCGCGUUUCCCACCGGGAGGAGCCGGCAGCCCCGGGAGUGCCAGUGGGCAAAGGGGGAAAGGAGGGGAGGGGGGGAAUAGAAGGAAUAAGGGGAUGGGGGGCUUGGAGGGAGGAGAAAGAGAGAGAAAGGGAUGCCGACGGGUUCCUUAGAAAUGUUAUUUUCGUACACAUUUUAUUUUUUAUUUAAAAACACAAAACGCAAAAAAAAAAAAAAAAAGGAAAAAAAACAAACAAACAAAAGGAAAGGACGGGAGCUCGGCACGCUGCGGUUGUCCCAUCCCGGGUGUAAAGGAUACAAGGGGGAUGACCCCACGAAUGACGCUCUCGAGGCGGGUGCUCAAGGUCAGGUGAUGCUCUGCUAUGCAAUAACGGGGGCGACCCCGGAGAAGCACAGGGAGCCGGGGGAAUGGGGCAGAUAGGGCGGGGGGGGGAGGACAAAGGCACUUUAGGGGACGGUCGUUCAUUUCAUGGGGGUGAUGGCUGGGGAAUCGUCCACUCCUCCCCCUCCCCCCCAGAAAUAGGGUUGGCUGCAGGGAGGGGCUGCCCUUCCCCUGCACACAGGGUGUAUCGCACCCCAAAAGGAUCCGGGAUCUCUGAGACCCCACAGGGCGGCCCGCACCGCCCCCGCACAGCUCCAGCCGCUCCCGACGGCGCUGCGGUGCCCACACGGCAAUGCCGCAUCGCGGAGCCGUGAUCGGGUGUCCCUCGGCUGCUUCGGGGCCAGGGGGGGUGGACGGGGGGGGAGUACAACGCACCGUUGAGUGCGGAGCCCCGGGGCUGUGUGCAGGGCUCCGUUCUCAGGGCCAUGUGCGGGAAAGAUACGGGGGUGCGGAGCGGGGAAAGCUGCGGACACUUGAGCUCGUUUUGUGCCUGCUGAAAGCGGCCAAUCUCCGUUCUUCAUUUCCUUUUUGCAAAACAUCUGGCAAUGGGCAGUCGGCACAACGUUGAAUCGGCUUACAGAGAGGUGAAUAUAUAUAUUUAUAUAGAGAUACAUAAAGGUAUUAUAUCCGUGUGGACACCUUUCCCUGCUCACUGUCCCCUCCCCCCGGUUGCUGUGACGGCAGCCAGGGCCCUGCAGUGUCACACCUCCCGCACAGUCAGGUUCAGCCAUUUUUGAAGCUUUGUGAGCACUUUUGGGAUUGUCUUUAUACAACCGGACCCAGAGGGCAGCCUUGGUGUUUCUGGGCGACCCCUCCCUUGUUUCGUAUUUCGAAUGAACUGUAGCCCUGACUUAUUGGCUCUGGGUGCCCCUCAGGGUGUUAGAAAUGACAUUUGCUUGGAUUUCCUGCAGGCGUCAGUGGUGUCAGGGUAUGGUGAGCAGAAGGCUGCAGGCAGUGCAGCAGGGGACCAGCCACCGCUUUUAAUGCAAGCUGAACAUUGGUCUUUUCCAAUGGAAGAUCGGUGAGAAGUAGCCAGCAGGUUGGGUCUUUUUUUUGGCCAGGUUCAUUCACUGGCCAGCAGAAGUUCCUGAGGGUUUCAGUCCUGGUACAGCAGCCACAAUUUGUUCAUUGUGAACUUUGACUAAUGAGAAAACAUUCCUGUUCUCGGGAGGUGAUGAAGUACCUCUUUCUUGUAGCAACAUCAGAUGUGGGGGGCGUGGAGGGGCGUUGAUCUUGAUAAUCAUUUGUAUUGACGUGUAUUGACCAGCAUCGAGUGUUCACAUAAUUGUUAGCAACCAAUCACACUAGUUACAAUUAAGAAGAAUGAUUGUUUGCUGCACACGGGAUUUCCUUGCAACUCCUCUCUUUCAUGCUCAGCCAUUUUUGGGGUGUGGUGGUCAUGCUCACAGCUCCAUCUCUACCUCUUGUACCAUUUCUGUUAAAAGUGCCAUUGGUUUUUGCAGCAUCACCCAAGAACUGCCCUUCUCCUGUUCCUGCCACCCCCAGAAUGAAGUUUUCCCUCCCCCGUUGGGAACCUUUGCAGAGAUAAAGCAGGUUCCAGUAGAGAUGACCCACACCAGAACUCCCUUUGAGGGAUGUGAACAAACUGACUCCAGCUCUGAGCCCACCAGUGGGUUUUACCCAUUGACCAACCUAUCAGUGUAGGGUACAAUAACUGUGAUACAGAAAGUGGUCUUGAGAUGAAUGGAAUAAUAUUGUCAUGAACCUGCCUAGGACAGGAUUCUGUGGAGGCUGAGGAUGAUGGUAGUUGCCUUCCAAAGUUCUCCUUGAUGUGAAGCGUAACUGUGUCCAAACCAAGGUUGCUCCCUCCCUCCUCCUCCCUCUCUCAUCAUACCUGCUUCCCCAGGAACGAGGACAUUCCAGAGCAACCAGGACAGCUGAUCAUUCUGGUGUAAUUGUUCUCAUCAGCCUUUUAGCUUGACCGAGAAAGGUGAUCUCAAAGGAAAAUGUCCAGUUACCAUUCGGUCACGGUAAAACCAAGCCCCUACGAUGCACUUUAUGAGCGAGUGAAAACAAAUCAAUGCUGUUAUUGCACUGUAUCUCUAUUGUGUAUAAUAUUAUACAUUCAUCUGUAAGAGUAAUUUAUUUUUAUUACUGUAAAUAAAACUGUUUAAGUGGUUUGUCAAGAGGAUAUAAAAAAAAAUGGAGGGUAAAAUUAAAACGUCUGAAGACCUGGGCUCCUGCCCCAGGCAUGUGCCA